GUGUGUGUGAAAGGAAAUGAAUUCAGAGCCUGAGGUUGAAGGAGGGAGGAGGGGGAGAAGGAAGGAGUCUGAACCCACUCAUUCAACAAAUAUUCCUUGGGCAACUACAGCGUGCCAAGCCCUGUUCUGGGGCACCGUGUGUACAGUCUGAACCAGACAAUCUCUGCCACAAGAGACUUACAUUCUAGAGGGGUGGGGGACAGAAAGUGAUCAAAUAAGGAAAUACACAGACAAGGUCAUUCACAUGGUGGUUAAGUGCUGAGAUGAAAAUAAAACAGGGUAGCAGGGAGGAGGCGAGUUUUGUGGUUCUGGAGGGGUGCAUGGAGACUGGGCCUGAGGCGUGACCUCCCCUUCCUCUCCGGGGGUACUGUCCGCCCGCCUCCACAGACGCCCAUGGUUCAGUGCCCACCGGGUCCCCGCCUGCCCCAGCAUCCCCCGCGCGGCGAAGCAGGGCGCCCCGGGGAGUCUGGCCACCAUGCCACCUCCUCUCCUCUUCCUCCUCCUCUUCCUUACCCCUGUAGGAGUCAGGCCCGAGGAUCCACGCCUAGUGGAGGCUAAAGAGGGAGGCGAUGCUGUGCUGCCAUGCCUCGAAGGUUCCUCGGCUGGUCCCCCUGAACAACUGGCCUGGUUUCGGGGCUCCCAAGAAACACCCUUCUUAAAGUUGAGCCUAGGGUUACCAGGCCUGGGCAUCCAUGUGGGGCCUCUGGGCACCCUGAAGGAGCCCCAGGGAACCCUGCUGUUCCUCUUCAAUGUCUCCAAACAUAUGGGGGGCUUCUACUUGUGCCAGCCAAGCCCGCCUUCUGAGCAGGGCUGGCAGCCCGGCUGGACGGUCAGCGUGCAGGGCAGCGGGAAACUGUUCCGGUGGAAUGCUUCAGACCUCAAUGACCCAAGCUGUGACCUGAGGAACAAAACCUCGAAGGGCCCCAGGUCCUCUUCUGGUCACCCCACAAAGUCCCAGCUGAAUGUGUGGGGCACGGACCACUUUAAGGAGAUCUCACACGCAGACCUGCCCUGUGCUCCACCUAACAGCACAUUGAACCAGAGCGACAACCGUGACCUCACUGUGGCCCCGGGCUCCACACUCUUGCUGUCCUGUGGGGCCUCCCGUACCUCCCUGGUCAGAGGCUCCGUCUCCUGGAUCCACAUGUAUCCCAUGAAGCCUGAGGUCAAAUUGCUGAGCCUAUACGUCAGCGAACAUGCCCAGCUCAGAGAGAUGUGGGUCAUGGGCACCCUUGGGGGAAAGGUGGUUCUGUUACUGCCCAAAGCUACAGCUCAAGAUGCUGACAUCUAUCGUUGUAACCACGGCAACAAGACCACCCAGAUGCAGCUGAAGGUCACUGCCCAGUCAGUAUGGCAUUGGCUGCUGGAGACUGGUGUCUGGAAAGUCCCUGUUGUGACUUUAAUUUAUCUCAUCUUCUGCCUGACUUCCCUGGUGGGUUUUCUUUCUCUUCGAAGAGCCCUGAUCCUGAGGAGGAAAAGAAAGCGAAUGACAGAUCCCAAUAGAAGGUUCUUCAAAGUGACGCCUCCCCCGGGAAACGGGGCCAACAGCCAGUACGGAAACAUGCUUUCCCUCUCCAUGCCCCACUCUGGCACGGGACGCGCCCUGCGGUGGGCUGCGGGCCUCGGAGCCGCCGCGCCGUCCUACGGAAACCCACGCAGCGACGUCCAGGAGGCCAGAGCCGCGGGGUCCCGGAGCCCGCCAGGACCUGGCCCAGAAGAAGAGGAAGGGGAGGCCUACGAGGAGCCGGACAGUGAAGAGGGCUCCGAGUUUUACGAGAACGACUCCAACCUUGGGCAGGACCAACUCUCCCAGGAUGGCAGCGGCUAUGAGAACCCUGAGGAAGGGAGCUUGGAUCCUCAGGAUGAAGACUCCUUCUCUAACGGAGCUGAGUCUUAUGAGAAUGAAGAUGAAGAACUGGCCCCUACCGUCACCAGGACAACAGACUUGCUGAGCCCCCAUGGAUCAGCCUGGGACCCCAGCAGGGAGGCAACCUCCCUUGGGUCCCAAUCAUAUGAGGAUAUGAGAGGGAUCCUGUAUGCAGCUCCCCAGCUCCGCUUUGUUCGAGCCCAGCCUGGUGCCAAUCAUGAGGAAGAUGCAGACUCUUAUGAGAACAUGGAUAAUCCCGAUGGACCAGAACCAGCAUGGGGAGGAGGGGCUCGAAUAGGGUGGAGCACUAGGUGACUCCUUUCAGCACUGGGAAAAUUCUGUCCUGCAUUUGAGCUCAGAAACAGUUGUCAGUUGAAGACACUCGUCAUCAAUUACAGGAAGAACUGUCAGUUAAAGACCCUAAUGGAAGAACCAUGGACUGGAAAGAAUCAUCAGUUACAGGUCCCAAGAGGAAAAGAGGUACAUUUCAUCUCCUAGAAGAAAUCCAUUACCCCAGCAACUCGGACAGUGAGAAGCCAUCAUUACCCUGAACUCUCACUUUUCUCCAGUGGACACUCCUUCAAAACAACCCCUCCCAAUGUCUUCCCUUUUUUCCCUAUACAAUAACCUUCUCUGUUUGUUGGCCUUGCCUAUGGCUUUUGCUAUAACUUCCUUGUUCUCUGCUCUUCCUGAAUAAAUCUAUUCUUGCUGGUAAAAA